AUACUCAUUUAUUUUUGUGUGUGAACUUUAGUUCAGUGAUUGCAGUGUGGGUGCAUAGGUGCAUGGUAUGUAUAUGUGUUUAUGUUUGGAUUUCAUAAAAACAGUAUUAAACCAAACAUUAGUACUCGUAAAAUGGCGUCCUUUUACAAAAUUUGCGUUGUAAAAGAUUCAGAAGAAAAUCUCGAAUUGUUUCUUGCGAUUAAGCCAGAAGCACCGAAUUUCCAUGGUUUUUUAAAGGCAAUUUAUAAUCGUUUGUCCGAGCUCAACGCCGCACCGCACUACAUUUACUAUGAAGAUUGGAGCGGUGAUAAAGUGAUAAUUCAAACAGAAUCCGAUUUUGUUUUGUUUGAAGAGCAUAAAAUCGAUAAGAUUUUUGUUGUAAAAAAUCCACCAGAAAGCGUUUCGUCUUUUAUCAUGACAAAUAAUAUGGCGACGGAAUCGUCAAAAUGUGUUGACAUAGGUCAACCUGAAUGCAUGCAGGAUAAUAUUUUGACGAAAAAAAGGAAAGCUAAACGACAGCGUCAUCGUAAGAUAAAACGUGAUUUUGGGCUCAGUACUCCAAAUUUCGCGAUCUCGUAUUUCGCCGCAGCAACGGCCCAUAGUGUCGAGACUGAAGACUUAGUGAUGGAAGACUAUGCAUAUGACAUAUCUCUUCUCCGGAAAUUUCUUAUUGGUCAAAGAUUGUCGCCCCUUGAACUUCAAAAAGCGUUAGAGUUUAGUGGAACAUUGUCUUCCGAACUUUCUAACGUUAUAUCGAUGAUGAAAAUGUCAAUCGAUGAAUGUGGUAAUGUCGAAAUCGCCGCUGAACACGAUUUGAGUUCGAAUGAAAUCGAGAAAAGUACAGGCGCUUCAUCUAACAGCGCAAAAAAGGAUCAAUUAACUGAAAUGUCUAAAUUUGUCAAUGUUGAAUAUGAUGAAAUUGCUGAAGAAGACAGAUUCAACUAUGAGAAUGAAUGGAAUUCGAUUUUGAAUGACAUUGAGAAUGGAACGGGUGUAAUUGACACUAGAGCAGUUAAUGAUGAAGCUCAAAUGGGGUCGAAAUCGAUUAAUGACUCCAUUAUUGCAUCAACAAGUUGUGGUAACACAUUGAAUGCUGAUAAUUCCGAACCAGAAAAAGUAAAGGCCAAUUUUUCAGAGGAAGAUUCAAAAGACAAAUCUAAAUCGUCAAACAAUGAACAGAUGUUAUUUUCGAGUAACUUUGAGAAAGAUAUUGAUGCAAUUAGCACUUCAGCAGUUUAUGAAGAACCCGGAACAAUUACGUUGAAUGCUGAUAUUCCCAAUGAUUUGUUUCUUCAAAAGGAAAAAUUAAGAGCAUUAAAACGAAAAUCAAAUAUGGUAAUACCAACCAGUGAUCAACCUGGAUGGGCUCCACAAUGUGGCUGUACAGACUGUCAGCUUAGGUAUUAUGAUGACCAAUACGACAUAAAUGGCAGCAUUCUUGAAUCAGCAAAAAGAAUACAUUUAAGAGCGUUAAGGUCUCUCCCGAAUAAGAAAGCACUUGGGCGUCCGCAACGGGAUGCAGACGCUCCUGCGACAGCAUCAAACGAUGAAUAUGGUAAUAUCGAAACCAAUGUGGAUGCCAAAAGCGAGGAUGUCGCCGCUGAACAAGAUUCGCCAAAUAAUGAAUGGGAUUUUAUAGAUUCAAAUGAAUUCGAGGAAAAUACAGGCGCUUCAUCUAACACUGCAAAAAUAUAUCAAUUAGCAAGCAACAUCGACAAGAUUCCAGACUCUAAAGAUGAUGCACAUGAUGAUACGCUAUUUGUAAUGGUUGAAAGCAAACUUAAUGGAAUCGACAUUGAUGAAAAACCAAACGAGGAGCCACAAAACUAUGCUGUCGAUGAUACCGAAAAAGAAGCACCACAAGUACAUCCAGACGAUCAUGUGAAUGCAGCAAUAUUGGCCUUAUCUGAUAUGGGAUUCACUAAUGAAAAUGGAAAUCUUGUGAAAAUUUUGGAACUGGUUCAUGGAAAUAUUGACUUAGCUCUUGAAUUGUUACCUACCGACCCGAUGUGUAACUAACUACACGACGAAUUUUAUAUUUUUUUCUUUCUUUUUUAUAAUUUUAUAUAAUAUAAUCAUUAUACGAAAAUAACAAAAAGAUCGAAAAGUUCUUUGUAAAGAUUCUCUUUUCACUCUCACUAAGCUCUGUAAGCA